AUGAACGUUGCCCCUUUUCUCGAUCAGUUCCAAUGUUUUGAUUUUGGGGUUGAGAGGAACAAGAUGGACAAUAAAGUUGGAGGUCUUGAGCUACAAACCACAACCAACAAUUCUGACCGACACUGCCUAAAUUCCUUCGUUAUAGGGAUUGUGUGUAUGUUUAAGGAUGGACCCAAAGUUGUAGCAAUGUGCAAGGGGUAUCUCUUUAAAAAAGUCUAGGUGGGAAUGGUGGAGAUCGUGAAGGUGGAUUAAUGUGUUGAAUUGGAAUGGAAAUGGACUUAGGGACAAAUGCACUUAUUUGCACAAACUCUAAAGAAGAAGAAAUUGACAGUGAAUGCAAAACUGAGGUAAACUCUACUUUCUCGAGCUAUUAUGUUGUGGAUUUAUUCCAUGUUUUCAGCAAUCAACAUAUGGUUUGAAGAUCUUUGACAUAAAGAAAUGCAAAGGAAUUCCCUUUCCAUACUUGUACGUAAUCUGAUCCAGAGCCUGAGGAGGAAAUGAAGGAGGUAGUGAAUAAUGAAACAUGUUAGUGAUAUGGAAUCGGGGCUAUUUGAUGUGAAGGAUGAAAGAAACACUUAUAAUGUUGGUAAUUUAUAUCUUUGUCUGUUCUCUUUCUGUUUCUGUUCUGAUCAAUGAUGGACGAUAAAAGGCUCAAGUUCAAAAUGGGCAAAACCAUAAAAAACCUG